UACUUGAACACAUCGUCUGUGUUCACGUCAGAUGAGGAAGUAAACAAUAUGGAGCCGCAGGUCUAAAUUUUUUAUCCGUCAAAAUGUCGAUUUCCAACCCGAGACAAGUGUUUUCAAACCUGUCGAUCCCCUUCGCCGGGACGAUUCUGGGUGGUUUGGUGCCUGGAGAAAUGGUUCUUAUACAAGGCUCAGUGCCAUCUGAUGCUGACCGAUUCCAGGUUGAUUUCACAUGCGGUAGCAGCGUGAAGCCACGGGCCGACGUGGCGUUUCACUUCAACCCGAGAUUCAAAAAGUCAUGUAUUGUCUGCAACACACUGCAGAAAGAGCGCUGGGGCCGUGAGGAGAUUCUGUACCAGAUGCCCUUCAGAGUCGGAGCUGCAUUUGAGCUCCUCAUCCUCAUCCUAAAUGACCGGUUCAAGGUGGCCGUGAACGGAGCUCACACGUUGGAGUACAAAUACCGUCUGGAGCUGGAGGGAGUCGACACCAUCUGCAUCUCAGGAAAAGUCAAAGUUCAGGCUGUGGGCAUUAUCCCUCCUGCCUCUAGUGCUGUGAUGCCUGCUGCUAGUCAGACCAGUCGGGAGUCAGAGCCAAUAAAGUCAUCAUCAGGUGACCUGAGCGUUCCCUUCAGAGGACAGCUGGUCCAGGGGCUGAGUGUUGGACGCAGCAUCAUCAUCAAAGGAGAGAUCAAGCAGACAGCACAGUGUUUUGCUGUGAACCUGCGAGAGCAGAGCAGCAGCAACAUUGCUCUUCAUCUGAACCCUCGUCUGAAGAAAGGAGUCUUCAUCAGGAACUCCUUCCUGUCGGAGUGCUGGGGCCCCGAGGAGUCUAAACUGGCCCUCUUUCCCUUCACCACAGGGCAGUAUUUUGAGAUGAUCAUUCUGUGCGACUCGCAGCACUUCAAAGUUGCUGUUAACGGAAACCACCAGCUGGACUACAAACACCGGGUUCAUGACCUGAGCUGCAUCAACCAGGUGGAGGUGUUGGGCGAUGUCUCACUGCUGGACAUCAGGAUGCUCUGAGUUCUCAAAGCUGUAAACAGAAUCAGGGUCUGUUGAUGUACUUCGUAAAGCCUCCAGUUCCCACAUUAGUUAGAGAGCAGAGGGAAGUCCAACACCGUGAUGUGCUCAGGUUUCAAGGUUGCUUUAUUUCUAUUCAAAUAAUAUUCAUUCUGUAUCAUUAAUUUAACUUUUUAAUCCAGAAGUGAAGAAUUUCCUUCACCAUGGGACAGCAUCAGAACCAAGUGCAUGGUCAAUCUUCAUGUUUAAAGGUUAAAAGUUUUAAUCAGCAGCUUUCAUCUUACAGUAUAACAAGAGCAUCAUAAUUUACAUGAUCAAGAGUUUUCAAAAGCAUUCCUGUGCUUCUAUUAGCAGCUAAUUUUGAUAUACUUUCCACCUCUGUUAUAACAAACUGUCCCUCUUUUUUAUAUUGAGCAGCAGGUGAUGGUUUGUAUGGAAGAAAUGUUUUAAGAAGAAAAAAGAAAGUUGAUCACCAGUUUUGCUAUAACAUCUGUGUACUAACAGACUACCUGAAGUUUAUCCUAAAUGAAUGCAAUAGAAUAGAAUAGUCUUUGUCCAGACUAAAAGAUGAUUGUAUUUUAUUACUCAGGUUGGUCUUACUGCUGUUUGUAAACUGUGUGCAGAGCAUGUCACAUACAGCAGCCGCCACGUGUGAAGAUCUUACAUGACUUUGAGGAAUAAAAUGAAAAAUUUGUGUUUGUGUUGUAUGAUGUAGAUGCAUAAAAUGUACACACAUGUGCAGUGUUGUUGUGUUGGCAUGUUAAGACUCAACAUCCUCAGUGAGUUUCACAAGCUUCAGAACCAAACUGAAAAGUUUACCACAAUAAAACUUUUAAUUUUA